GCGCAGCGCCGACCAAAUUGCCUCUUUCGAAUACGGCACCGGUAUGAGCGGCCGCUACAUACCUCGGGUAUACACAGCGGGAGAAUGCUCCUCCGACAUGCGAGCGUAGGAAGCAAGCAUCCGCGUGGCAGCUCCGAUGAUAGUGCUCGUUCUCGGACUUUUGCAGCGGGAUAUGAAGAUUGACAGCUAGCCCGACGGGAUCGGAUACCGGCGUCGUCCUGAUCCGUUGACGCUUGGAAAGCAACACCAAAACCAUGACUUUGGAGCAUCACAGCGACCACGACAGCUACGUCAAGUCGGGCUUCGCUGGAAAAGUCGGCUGGGGAAACAAACCCGCGCUGCUACUCAUCGAUGUCUGCAAUGCAUACUGGACCAAGGACAGCCCCUUGGACACGAGCGCGAAUCCCGAAUCGGCGGCUGCACUCGUCUCGAUAACGAGGCUGGUCGGCGCAGCGCGCGAGGGCAAAGUGCCACUAAUAUGGACACGGGUCGAGUACACGGAGCCCGAUAUGUCGGACGCGGGCAUCUUCUACCGCAAAGCGCCGCUGCUGAAGGUAUUCCUGAAGGGCAACGAGACGGGCCUCGAGAGCUGGGUCUCGGGCUUGGAGCCCCAGGACAGCGAGCUCGUCAUUCCGAAGCGGUACCCCAGUGCCUUCUUCGCGACAGACCUCAGCACUCGCCUGCAGCUGAAAGGCAUUGACACGCUGGUCAUUUGCGGCGUCAGUACGAGUGGCUGCGUGCGAGCGAGCACACUCGAUGCAAUGUGUCUUGGAUAUCGACCAAUCGUCGUCAGCUCGGCGUGCGGAGACCGGUCCAAAGCCGUGCACGAAGCAAAUCUGUUCGAUAUGCAGGCGAAGAUGGCGGACGUGGUGCCUGAGAGCGAGGCAAUCGAGAAACUUAAGGCUGGUUGGAUCCGAUAGAUCUGUCGUCACUAUCCCGAGUUGCCCCGACAUCAGUCCAUUCACGUAGCUGUGUACCUUGCUUCUCCACACAAGGCGCCUCGAAGGCUCCGCUAUCAUGACUCGAAGGAGGGCACCAAGCAUCUCUGAGCAGUUUCUACCACGGUACAGUCGCUCAGCAAGGCGGUCAGCGACUGACAAAGCUCUCUCAAAGCAAGCACGGAUCAUUACAAGUGUGGGGUUGAGUCUUAGUGUCGCAACGGCCCGAUACCAACAGAGCCUCGUAAAGAUUAGAAACAUUCAGGCGUCCC